GGUUUGAUGGGAAGGCAUUGGCCGGGCCCAGUGCUCUAUCAGUAGCUGCUGCUGCUUGCUUCAGGGCGGGCUGCUCGGUGGCCACCGGGGCUUGCCGGAGCGGACGCCGGGGCUGGGCUGCUCCCGCUUUCCUCAGCUGUGACUUCUUUUGGACAACCCAUGAUAUUUAUUAUUGUGCCAACCUUCUCCAAAUAGAAGAUGGGUGGACUGUUUUCUCGAUGGAGGGCAAAACCUUCAACAGUCGAAGUUCUAGAAAAUAUAGAUAAGGAAAUUGAAGCAUUGGAAGAAUUUAGAGAAAAAAAUCAGAGAUUGCAAAAAUUAUGGGUUGGAAGAUUAAUUAUCUAUUCUUCAGUUCUUUAUCUGUUUACAUGCUUAAUCGUUUACCUGUGGUAUCUUCCUGACGAAUUUACAGCAAGACUUGCCAUGACACUUCCGUUCUUCGCUUUUCCUUUUAUCAUCUGGACCAUAAGAACUGUGCUUAUUUUCUUCUUUUCCAAGAGAACAGAGAGAAAUAACGAAGCUUUGGAUGAUUUAAAAUCCCAGAAGAAAAAGAUACUUGAAGAAGUCAUGGAAAAAGAAACUUAUAAGACAGCUAAGUUAAUUCUCGAAAGGUUUGAUCCAGAAUCAAAGAAAGCAAAGGAGUUUGAGCCGCCAUCUGCUGGAGCAGCUGUAACUGCAAAACCAGGACAAGAGAUUCGUCAGCGAACUGCAGCUCAGAGAAACCUUUCCCCAGCACCAGCGAGCUCUAAUCAGGGCCCUGCUCCACAAGUUCCAGUCACUCCUGGGCCUUCAAAGGAUGCAUCGGCUCCAGGGGGACCUCCGGAAAGGACUGCUGCUCCAGCCUUACCCAGGCGCCUUGGAUCCCCUGCUACUUCAGUGCCUGGAAUGGGCCUUCAUCCUCCAGGUCCACCCUUAGCAAGACCCAUUCUCCCCCGAGAACGAGGUGCUCUGGAUAGAAUUGUUGAAUAUUUAGUUGGUGAUGGUCCACAGAACAGGUACGCUCUCAUAUGUCAGCAGUGCUUUUCUCACAAUGGCAUGGCUUUGAAAGAAGAAUUCGAAUACAUUGCUUUUCGAUGUGCCUACUGUUUUUUCUUGAAUCCUGCAAGAAAAACCAGACCUCAAGCUCCGCGACUUCCAGAGUUUAGUUUUGAAAAGAGGCAGGCGGUGGAAAGCUCAAGCUCAGCUGGCCCCAUGUCAUCAGAAAGUGCACCCUCAACACAGAGCCAGCGCAGUGAAGAAUCUUUAGAAGAACAAGAUGUUUUUGAUAAUAGUGCAGAGCAGAGAGAUGAAAACCUACCAGUGGCAGAGCAGACAAGCCCAGUGAGUGAAGACACAUCUGGUUCAGAGGAAGCAGAGGAACAACAAGAAGAGACUGAGACCGAGGAAACCCCAGCAGCUGAAGCCAAGUCAGCCGUGCUCAGUGAUGAUUCUGUUUCUAAUCUUGAACCAAGUGGAGAAUCUUUGGUGACAUAGUAGUAAAUAAUUCCAUGUGCCUUCAACUGGAUGUUUGUAGUCUUGUUGAUGUCAGUUAUUGCUUUUUUUUGUGGUACUCAAAAAUUUGCCUUUUAGAUAUAUGCUUAAUAUUAUUCAAAUUCAGAUUGCCUAGUGAGCUCAGUGUGUUCAAGUCCUGACUACUGGGCAUUGAAUGUAAAAGCACGUGGUGUCAGUGAGUGUGCAGAGACCCACGAAGCUGUUAGGUACUUUGUGCAUUCUUGUUUUCUACAUCUAUAACUUGUAAGUAAUACCCAUUUUGACAUAGGAAUUUUGGCUAGGAAUAAUUUCUUUAAUAGUGUUAAGGAUUGAAACAUAAUUAGGAUUUUGAAUUUAAAAUCAUUAAAUUUUAACUCCUGAGAUAUUUGCCAGUGGGGAAGGAAAUACCUGUUUAGGUGUUUACAUUAGGUGACACUGAAAGCUGUAACCCUGAUUACAUAGGCAUCGGUACGAACUCUCAGUAAGAUGCACCAACAGUCAAGGGCAGAGUUUCUUUUGAUGUCUUUUCCUUUGCAGCUGGGCCAAAGGCACAUGAUGUAUAUAGUUAGUUUAUGUUUACGUAUUAACAGAUAGGAACUGCGUCUGCACUUGGCUGUACUUGAAUUCUUGGUAUUAUUUAUAUUUGUAAAAUAAUGAUGAUAUAUAAAUGGAUUUUUUUUCAUGUGUGUGUUUUGUUAAGGAAAAUAAAGAUGACCUGGCAAUGUUUUUUCUU